UUAGAAGUUUUAACUUCGAAAACUUCAUGCAGGAAGGCGAGUAAGUUUGCACAGAAUGCCUCUUGAAUGCCUCGCUUGCCCGCGUAAACAGUGAGCAAAUUCUUUGUAGCUAUCAACGAAUGUAAUUUGUUCGAAUGUUGGCGAAAUUUUUCCUAUUUCUUUCGCAAGAACGAUAUUGACUUUUCAUUCUGUAAACGCCUUCACCUGUCCUUGAGUGAUCUUCGCUGUUGCUCGCACACGCGAGCAAAUUCUUGUCAUUAGGUACCUUGCAUUACUAGCUGCUUAAGACAACCUCUUUGGCGAGGAGAACUUAGUGGGUUUUCGACGUACAAGAAAUUUUUGGUGGUAUAAACUUGUCCUGGGUUCUUCUUGAACAACUAAAGCUGUUUAUUAAUGCAUUUAAAUAUGUUUUCAGAGAACCUAACUACAAAUACAUGUCAGUUAACUUAACCUAGUAAAAGUUAACGUUUUCUUUGUUUUCUAUCAGGCUGAUACUUACGAUAACCGACGAUGAACUACGCCGUCCACUCGGCAACUGCCGCCGUUGCAUUCAAUUGCCGAAGACCAUCAAUUACCCGCCCGAAAGUCCUGAGGCCCGAAUCACCGACAAGAGAACGACGCAUUACGAUCAACGUCGGAGGGGAGCGAUUCCAAACUUACGAGACAACGCUGGACCGCUAUCCAGACUCGUUACUAGGUUCCCCGGAGCGCCGCAAACAGUUCUACAACGAGGGAAAAGGCGAAUUCGUUUUUCCAUCGCGAAACAAAGAGGUUUUCAACGCUAUUCUGUUUUUCUAUCAAGCGAGGAUUCUUUCCCGGCCGGAGGAUGUCUCGCUGAAAAUUUUUGUGGAAGAGAUCAAGUUCUUUGAUCUGGCGGAACACAGCCAUGAGAUUCCAGCACAAGGUUUGAAGACACCGUACAUACCUCCCAAUAACACCAGGAGACAUAGAAUUUGGAAUUUUUUGGAGAAUCCUAAAACGAAGAUUGGAAAACUCUUUGCAAAGUUCAACCUCUUUCUGGUGUUCACGUGGCUCGUUAUUCUGUGUCUCGAGACCAGCAGCAGCGGCGGCAAGAAACUGACCAUGACGGGGAAUACCACCGACUCAAAACACAGUGCAAAUGAAAGUGGUGAAGACUAUUCGAAGCGCGACUCCGUUUGGUUUAUUUUGGACACAUUUUUUGUAAUUUGGUUCAGUGUUGAUUAUUUGCUUCAUAUGGUCAGCGAGCCAAGUCUACGGUCAUAUAUUCUAUCUCCAUUGGGAAUCAUCGACCUGAUCACUAUCAUUCCGUAUUACAUAAAGCUCAUAACCCAGACGAUCUCUUCAAUGAGGUUGGUGCGAUUUUUGCGCGUCUUUCGGCUUUUCAAGGCGACGCGGUACAGCAGCGCCUUCAGGAUCCUCCUUGGGUCUCUAACAUCAAGCGCAAAGGAUUUCCCAGUGUGGUUCGUUCUUCUGGUCAUGCAUAUAUUGUUUUUCUCCAGCAUUUUGUACUACGUCGAAAGCGAGGUCAAUAAUCCGCAAUUUGCGACAAUACCGGAUGUGAUGUAUUUCACUGUCAUAACGAUGUGCGCGGUCGGGUACGGUGACCAGGUGCCGCAAAGCACAUUGGGUAAACUCGUGACGUCGUUCGCAGCGCUCAGCGGUAUCGUGAUCGUGUAUUGCAUUCCAGCGCCGACUUUGAAGACGAACUUUAAUCGAUUGAACGAACUUUACAAAAGCGAAAAAAAAGAAAGGGAAAAGUUGAAGUGCAACGGAGCUUCGCAUGGAAAGAAACGCAAAAUGAUUUGUUAUUCAACAUCCAAACACUGAUUAUUCGUAGAACAGUAAAUAAAAGAAAUAAUUAAAAAACGAUAAAAAUAACAUUGUAUUCGCCAAAAUUGCAACUAUUACUAUAGAAUCCCAAGAAAUAUUUGAAAUAAUUAUAUCCGAGAGUAAAAGUCUCUCUCCAGUUGCGCUAUGAGUUCAGUGGUGUAGCUCACGCUAUCACAUCACUGAACUCACAACGCAACUGGAGUGCGAAAUUUAAAUGCUAGUCUAGGAUUUAGUAUUUCAAAAUAUUUACUGGGAUUGCUCUGUUAUGACGAGUAAUGACGGUCUGUCCAGGGUGUUUAGAAAUAGUUUGUCUUUCUGCUUUCACAAUAUAAUGCAAUCUAUGUAGAAGCAUUUGUUUUUAUGUUAUUUUUAUAGCAUAUUGGCUUGAUUCUAAAUGGACACUUGAGAAUAAAAAUGUUCUAGGUUUUGCUACAAAUCUAUAAGGUAUUGAGUGAGAUGUUUUUCACAUAUUCAAU